UUAUUUUUUUCAUCUCUCUCUCAACUCUCCCAUGGCAUCCUCCAUAUUUCUCAUAUUUCUCACACUACUUUCCAUCACCCACAAAUCCGCCGGCACCGGCGGUCUGAGCCUGGAACUAAUCCGCAACGACUCUCCAAAAUCCGCCUUCUUCCGCCGCCGCCCCUCCUCCCAAGCUUGCCCGGAGACCGCCCAGUCGACAAUAACGCCGGAUAACAGCCAGUUUCUGGUGAAACUGGCCGUCGGAACACCGCCGAGAGACGUGUUCGCAAUUCUCGACACCGGCAGCGAUCUCUUCUGGACUCAAUGCCUCCCCUGUGCGAAUUGCUACCCACAAACAAAUCCCAUUUUCGAUCCCUCGAGAUCGGAGAGCUUCCGGGAGCUGCCGUGCCCAGCGGCGCUGUGCCACCUGCAGGGCUCCGGGGCGGUGUGCUCCGGCGGCGGCGCGUGUGGGUACAGCUACGGGUACGGAGGGGGGCUGACGGAGGGGAAUUUGGCGACGGAAACGGUGGCCGUGAGUUCGAGACUUGGAGAGAGGGUUUGGCCGUUUCAGAACGUCGUGUUUGGUUGUGGUCAUAAUAACAGCGGCGGUUUUAAUCAGAAUGAAAUGGGAUUGAUUGGCUUUGGUAGAGGACCCGUUUCCUUCAUUUCUCAGAUAGGCCCAUCCAUAGGCGGCAGAAAGUUCUCCCACUGCCUGAUGCCAUUCAACACCGACCCGAGAAUUUCAAGCAGCCUCCAACUGGGGUCGGGUUCGGAAGUUCGGGGCCCCGGAGUCAUCACGAUCCAACUGGUUCCCACGCCCGACCCGACGUUCUACGCUCUCACCCUCACCGGAAUCAGCGUCGGAAAAACCUUCCUCCCGUACAGUUCGUCGGGACCGGCGGCGCAGGGGAACGUGAUUCUCGAUUCCGGCACGCCGCCAACUCUCCUCCCGGAGGAUUUUUACAGCCGUUUCGCCGCCGAGGUGCGGCGGCGGAUCCGGUGGCGGCCGGUCGGAGCGGGUCUUUGCUACAGAAAUGUGAGGAGGUUCGCGGCGCCGCCGGUGACUCUGCACUUCGACGGCGGAGUGGAGUUGCCGCUGAGUACGGUUCAGACGUUCAUCCGGAAUCGAGAUGGGUCGUUUUGCUUCGCUGUGGCAGGAAUUUCCGGCACCGGCGGGAUCAUCGGAAACUUUAUGCUGGCGAAUUUUUUGGUUGGGUAUGAUAUUGACGAGAUGACGGUCUCGUUUAAGAAAGCUGAUUGCACUAAAAUUGGUUGACAAAAUUUAAGCUUGUUUUUUGCUUUAUAUAUGUACUAACAUUUUGGGCAAUUUUCUAUGAAAAUAAUGCACAUUAUUGUUUAAGUCU